AUGACUUCCAUCUAUGAGUUGUCACUGAAGUACGGCUUACCGCAAGAGCUGACGGACAGCGAUCUGCAGCUGAAGCUCAAAGACCUGAAACUCUACGUCAAAGAGGAGAUCCGCAAAGAGCUGAAGAUCAAAGAGGGCGCCGAAAACCUCCGCAGAGUCACCACCGAUAAGAAGUCGCUGUCGAACGUCAACUCCAUCGUCAAGAAGUCCAACAAUAAGCUACAGGAGCUCCAGGAGGACCUCCAGGAGCUGAAUGCCCACAUCGUCGUCAACCACAGCCACAACUCGAUCGGCGACGCCUUCAACGACCAGUCGUCGGCCGUGGGCUCCGAUCGCGAGGACGCCUCGUCGGACACCACCGCCGGCGAUGUGCCGGUGAUGUCGGCCAACACGCAGCGACUCCUGUCGCUCGAGAAGCAGUUGAUGAUAGAGAUGAAGGUGAAGACGGGGGCCGAGAAUAUGAUCCAAAUGUACAGCGGCUCCAACUCGAGGGACAGUCGCCGCAAGCUCUUAGCCGAAGCGCAGCAGAUGCUGGCCGACGCCAAGGCUAAGAUGGAGUACAUCCGGAUGAUGAUCAUCAAAGUGAAGCAGAGGGACGCCAUCGGCCUCAACAGCGCGCACGACAACAACGGCCACUCGUCCGGCAACUCGAGCCUGUGUUCGCCGGGAGGCGACCCCUCCGGCGGCAAACUGCCGGAGAUUAUGUCGCCGCUCGAGUUGCGCACCGAAGAGCUCCGGCAUCGGCUGAAAGUGGAGUGCGCUGUAGUGGACGGCGCCAAGAAUGUCAUCAAACUGUUGCAGUCGUCCAAAGUGACCGACAAGAAGGCCCUACAGGAGGCCCAGUCCUCCCUAUUCGAGUCGUCGCAAAAGGUGGACGUCUUGCGGAAGGGGCUCGACUCGUCCAAAGUGACCGACAAGAAGGCCCUACAGGAGGCCCAGUCCUCCCUAUUCGAGUCGUCGCAAAAGGUGGACGUCUUGCGGAAGGGGCUCGACGUGUGUCGUCAACAGCUGCCGCCCGGUUCGCCCAAAUCGGCCGCUCUUAAGCUGGAGCUCGAGUCGAGUCAGUCGGUGACGCCCACCAUCUACUCGCCGACGAUCGCCUACAGCUCCGGCCGCCACUCCGUCCAAAGCACGACACCGGCGACCAUCACGAAGGCGGCGGCCGUCACCGGGAAGCUAGAGGUGCGGCUCAUCGGGUGUCAGGGGCUGCUGGAGGACGUGCCGGGCCGGUCGCGCACCAACUCCAUGGCCGGCGACGGCAUGCGAUCCGUCGACCGCUCGAAAGGCUUGUGGCGGACGUCGUCGCGCAGCUAUUCCAUCAAAGACGAGAUCUCCAACGAGAUAAUGGCUGUCCUGAAGCUGGAUAACGUGUCGGCGGGACAGACGACGUGGAAGCCGUGCUCGCAGAAGGCGUGGGACCAGCGCUUCAGCCUAGACCUCGACCGGAGCCGUGAGCUCGAGAUACAGAUCCUGUGGCACGACUGGCGCUCCCUCUGCGCCCUGAAGUUCGUACGGCUCGAGGAGUUCAUAGACGACAACCGGCACGGGAUUGCUCUGCAUUUGGAGCCGCAGGGCAUACUCUUCGCGGAGAUUAAGUUCUUGAAUCCCAUGAUCUCCCGGAAGCCGAAACUGCAGCGCCAGAAGCUGUUCCGCCAUAAGGGCAAAAACUUCCUGCGACCCAAUCAGAUGAACAUCAACGUCGCCACAUGGGGUCGGCUCAUGAAGCGGUCCUUACCUCAGGCCUCGUCCGACCAGAACAUCGCCACCACCGCGACGACGACGGCCGCGGCGGCGCCCAAGCCCUCCGUAGACCUGUCGGUGUCCGCCGCCGACUAUCCGCCCAAACCUAAGCCACGACUCGUGAUGGAGAGGACAGACUCGUCCGACUCGACGUCCAAGAAGUUGUUGUCUGCGAAUCAAAGUAUUAAUAGUAAUAAUAAUAACUCGGGAUCUGUUUCGUCGUGUGGGCUGUCGUACGACGACUCGCAGAUCGGUUCCGCUCUCCAAGAGUUCGAUUUCCUUCAAGAGAUAUCCGUGUCACUCGGUUCCAGCGAACGGGACGCCGAAGACGUCAAAAAGCAGGCCUUCUUUAGAGUAAUGUUACUCGUCAUCGCCCGGCCGUCCGCUUAUGUAUACAACAACAAUGCAAAUACAAUCACAUCAGCAGCCGUUCCCGUGUGGGGGGCCGGCAGUGACGACCACAACAUAAUAAACGCUUAA